GGAGAGAACUCAGGAACAUGGACACGGCCAGUCAGGGCAAACACUGGGUUCUCCUUGCUGGAGGUUCUAAUGGUUGGGAGGACUACGAUGUUCAGGCCAACGUGUGCCACGCCUACCAGGUCGCACACCACAGUGGUGUUCCUGACGAGCAGAUUGUGGUGAUGAUGUAUGAUGAUGUUGCAUAUAAUCCACAAAAUCCAACUCCUGGAGAAUUAAUCAACGUCCCAGACGGCCCGAAUGUUUACCCCGGGGUUCUAAAGGACUACACUGGAGAGGAGGUUUCAGCUGAAAACUUUCUGGCUGUACUGAGUGGAAAUUCGGCUGCUGUCAAGAAAACAGGACCAAAAAAAGUCAUACAAAGUGGUGAAAACGAUUCUAUCUUCAUUUAUUUAUCAGAUCAUGGAAAUAAAGGAAUCUUUCACUUUCCUAAUUCUACACUUUAUGCACAUGAUCUUAUUAACACAGUGAAGGCGAUGUCAGAGAGUCACAAAUUUUCAAAGAUGGUGAUUUAUUUGGAAGCGUGUCUUUCUGGAUCGAUGCUGGAUCAGCUGUCUGAGAGGAACGUGUACGCCGUUUCAUCCUGCAAGCCUGAUGAGUAUACCUAUGCCUGUUUCUUCGACAAGAAAAGAAAUAUUUUUCUCUCUGAUCUCUUCAGCUUUAACUGGCUGCAGCACAUGGACACGGUAAAAUUCACGUCGACUUCACUUGGAGAUCAGUUUUCCUACCUGGAGAGAAACGUGAGUAAGGAUGCGAAGAAGGCAGGAGUGACUAUGACACCAUGUAACUAUGGCGACAAGAGAAUGAUGAAGGUGAUGUUGAGUGAAUUUUUUGGAGACUCCUCGUCCUCUGUCUGUGAGACCGACACGUCUCAUCUCCUGAACGUCCACGUGUCUGAUGUAGUAGAGAUUACACAAAUUCCACUGAAAAUCCAUAAAAACAAGAUUAAAAAUGAACAGGACCUGGAGAAAAGACAGGACCUGCAAAGACAAUAUGAUGAUCUGAUAAGUAAAAGGAAGACGGUGGAUGAAGCGCUGCAGAAGAUCGCUGAGCGCACAAACGCUUUAGGAGCUCUGACUGAAACACGUGAAGUGUCUCACACGUACGAGCUCAAAGCCGUGGCCGAACAUUUCAGGACUAAUCUCUUCGACUGGGAAAAGGAGCCGUUUGUUGUCACUCACUCACACCUGCAGGUUUUAGUGAAUCUCUGUGAGUCUGGGUUGGAGCUCGACAGCAUCACUGAAGCCAUCACUCAUACGAGCCAGGAGAUUACCUUCUGAAGACCUCACACAUGCUGUAACAUCACAGUCCUGCGGAGGUCAUUUAGAUCAUCUUUUACCAGCAACAUGUUUAUUUUUGCUAUUUUUUUUUUUUAACAUUUCUUACAGGUGAAACGAAAUGUAUCAUAAAUCAUAAAUU